AUGGGUAUCCUUCAUCAUGAAGGGACCUCCCACGAGAGGCUCAAGCCCUCUUCGCCAGAACAGUUGAUUGCUCGCUUCGGUCGUCUCCAUCUGCUGGAUGACUUGAUCCGUCUACGGGCAGCUGACCCCAUCCAGCAUCCUAUUCUUGCCUACCCCAAACCCUCCCAAAACGAUACGGUGGAGUACGAGUACUUCUCCGGGUUGGACCUGGAUUGCAUGGUUGAUCAAGCCGUGUGCACGCUGAUGGACUAUGGCUUCAAGCCACCCCGCCAGAAUGGAGCCAUCGUGGCGCUAUUCACGCUCUCCGACCUGAACAUGGUCGUCACAUUCUUCGCCCUGAGCCGACUAGGCUACACUGUGAUGAUGCUGUCCCCGCGUCUAUCGGCAUCCGCCUGCGUGGCCCUGCUCGACAUGGUCGGCUGUGACACCAUCCUGUACGGCCAGACCCCCAACAUCCGCACCACGAUGGGGGAGAUCCUGCGUCUGAAGCUGGUGGCGUGUCGCCCCAUCGUGCAACGACCCUCGCUGGACGAGGAUGUCGAGGAACCGGCCAUGCUGGUGCUCCGCCGCAGCCGCAGCCCGGAGACGCAAAUCCACAAGAUCGCCCUGAUCCUGCAUUCCUCCGGCUCAACCGGCAACCCCAAACCCCUGUACCUCAGCCACAAGGCCCUGAUGACGCAUCCCAUGCGUGGCCCGGGCUACACCUCCUUCAACUCCCUUCCGUGGUUCCAUCUUCACGGGCUCUCCACCGCACUCCAGGCCAUGUACAUGCGCCGCACCGCGUACAUGUGGGACGCCUCACUUCCGCUGACAGCCAGCACGGCGGUCGCUGCCCUGGAGGCUGCCCGUCCGGAGUCCGUGCAGGGCGUGCCGUACCUCCUGCAGCUCCUGGUCGACAGUCCGCGGGGGUUGCAGGUCCUGCGCCGCUGCGACUCGGUCACAUACGGAGGCGCCCCCUGUCCGGAUGAGUUGGGCGAUCGGUUGGUCGCGGAGGGGGUGAAGUUUGGCGGGUCUUUCGGAUUAACGGAAGCUGGACUAGUGGCCGAGUCGAUCUCCCGCCCCGCCGACGAUCCCUACUGGAACUACAUGAAGUUCUUUGACAACAUCCGCCCCUUCAUCUGGAUGAAGCCCAUCGGCGAUGAGCUGUACGAAGUCGUCUACCUCCAGGGCCAUCCCGCCCUGACAGCCUCGAACUCCGAUGAUCCGCCUGGUUCGUAUCACUCGCGCGACGUCUUCACGCCCCACCCUACCAUCCCCGAUCGGUGGAAGUACGUCUCGCGCAUCGACGAUCGGAUCACGCUGGUAAACGGCGAGAAGGUCCUCCCCCUUCCGAUCGAGGGCCGCGUCAAGCAGAACCCCCUGGUCGACGAGGCGGUGGUGGUGGGCGUGAGCCAGUCGGUGCCGGGCUUGCUUGUCUUCCGGUCGGACGGCUCGCACCGAUACUCGGACGCAGAGUUUCUGGACCUCGUUUGGCCCACGGUGGAAGACGCCAACGCGCACGCGGAGCAGUUCUCGCAGAUCUCCCGGGACAUGGUCGUGGUGCUGGCCGCCGACCGCGUCGUGCCCCGCACAGACAAGGGGUCGAUGAUCCGCGCCCAGGUGUAUUCACGAUACGCAGAGGUGAUUGAGGGGAUGUACAACCGCAUGGAGCAGGACGCGCACGGCACCCUGCAGCUGGACCUGCAGGCCACGGAGGAGCAUCUGCUGCGCCUCUGCCGCGAGGAGCUGGCCAUGCCCCGCCUCGACCUCGAGACGGACUUCUUUGCCGAGGGCAUGGACAGCCUCAAGGCCAUCCAUCUGCGCCGGCUGAUCCUGCGCGACUUCCGCCUCGCGAGCAGCCGGAGCAUCAGCCACAACAUCGUGUUCGAGACCGGCAGCAUCGCCCGUCUGGCGGAGUGCAUUUCCGCUGCGCAGAGCGGGCACUCCGAUGAGGGGGUAGUAGCAGACGAAGACGAGCUGGCCAUGAUGCCGGCGCUGAUUGAGAAAUAUUCGUCGGGGUUCCCGGUGCACACCCCUCGUCCGGAGGAGGUGUCCAACACCCGAAGCGUUCUUCUCACCGGUCCAACGGGCUCGAUCGGCGCGCACACGCUCUACAAACUCGUCAACGACGACACCAAGAUCGUAGCCCUAACCAGCGCCCUCGACCAGGCGCACCUCGGCCUCGACCCGCACGUCUACAACGAAAUGCUCCGCUCCGUCUCGCUAAUCAUCCACACCGCAUGGCCCGUCAACUUCAACCUCCCGCUCAGCGCCUUCGAGCCUCACCUCCGCGGCCUGCACAACCUCCUCCGCUUUUCCCUCAGCGUCGCCCUCCCCUCCCCCGCCGUCCUCUUGUACUGCAGCUCCAUCUCCACGGCUCUGGGCUCCCCGCAACCCCUCGUCCCGGAAUCCCCCAUCGCCGAUCUAUCCGAUGCCCUGGAGAUGGGCUACGGCCGCUCGAAGCUAAUCGGUGAGCGGAUGGUCAGCGCGGCGCGGCGCACCGCGUCCGCGCGGGCGUUCACGCUCCGCAUCGGCCAGGUCUCCGGCCACUCGAAGCGCGGGCUGUGGAACGACGAUGAGGCCCUGCCGCUGCUGCUCCGCUCCGCGCUGACGCUGGGCUGUCUGCCCCGGUUGGACGGGGUGCAGUGCGCAUGGCUGCCGGUCGAUAAGCUCGUGGCCGCUGUGUUGGAGAUCGCGCGCGCCGUGUGCUCGCAUACGCCGCCGGCGUCGCGGCGAGGGUCUUUCUCCUCGGAGACGGACUCCGAUGCGGGCAGUGUGGAUAGCUGGACGGAGGAUGAUGAUUCCGUGUAUAACCUGACGAAUCCGCAUCGGUUUGACUGGGGGGUGUUGUUGCAGGGGUUGAAGAAGUGCGGGUUCGAUGGGUUUCGGACGGUGGGGUUUGCGGAGUGGUUGGAAAGGUUGCGGGAGAGUGAGGCGCGCGGGGAGGAGGGGGUGAACCCUGCGGUCAAGUUGGUGGGGCAUUAUGAGGCGAUGUAUGCAGACGCCAGAAAAGAGCCUGGGUUCUGUACGGAUCGGGCGGAGAGGGAUAGUGUUACGUUGCGGAAUGGGAGGUUGAGGAUCGUCGAGGAUGGGAUUCUGGGGCGCUAUGUUAGGGAUUGGAUGGGGAGGUGGCCCAGACCUUAGGUAUUGAGGAGGGAUAGAGUGAGGGCUUGGGCUUGGUUCUUCGAUGUUUAUAUUUUGUUUGCACUGUACAGAUUUGGGCGGAUUGGUUUUUUUCUGUCCGAGAUAGAGAGAUACCA